UCAAGAAACAGCACACUUUAUUGAACAUAGAGUACGUUUUUUGUAUUUGAUGAGGUCGUUAUCCUAAGACAUGGAUAUUCAUUUUCAUCUUUUUGCUCUGGAGCAAAAAAGACCUGGACCAUCGCGAGAGCAAUGGCGGUGGGUCGCUUUCAUUGUUUUAUCAGGUUUGCUUUGGAGCACAGUUUCCGCGCAAAUAAGAUACUCCAUCCCCGAGGAAGUUGAAAAAGGAACCGCUGUUGGGAAUAUAGCAAAGGAUUUGGGGUUAGAGAAAAGCACACUGAAAGAAAGAGGAUGUCGUGUUGUGGAGGGUUCAACGGAGUCAUUCUUUCAUGUAAACCAGAACGACGGAUUAUUGUAUGUUGACCGUGUAAUUGACAAAGAGAAGGUUUGUGAGAGGAAUAGUGUGUGCUUAAUAAAUCUGAAAACCGUGCUGGAAAACCCUCUUGAAAUUCAUUAUGUGACUGUAGAGGUGCUGGACGUGAAUGACCACUUUCCCACCUUCAACACCAAAGAGUCACGUCUCGAAAUUUCAGAGUCUGUUCUCCCAGGCUUGCGUCUCCAGCUGCCAGCAGCACACGAUUCUGAUGUCGGUCAAUUUUCUGUCCAGGAGUACAAACUUAGUUCAAAUGAUCAUUUCCGUUUGGAAGUCAAAGAUCGGGGAAAAGAUGGAAAAAUACCGAUAUUAGUUUUAUUAAAAACGCUAGACAGGGAAACAAAGAAAAGUCAUAAGCUGCUACUAACAGCCAUUGACGGAGGAAAACCAAGUAAGUCCGGAACAGCUGAAAUAAUUGUUGACGUCUUAGACGUUAAUGAUAAUAUGCCAGUAUUUAACGAAGACACUUACUCGGUUCUUUUGGAAGAAAAUGCUCCUAUUGAUACAACAAUUAUAAAAGUAAAUGCUUCUGAUUUAGAUGAAGGUUCCAAUGGCGAGGUUAUCUAUUCAUUAGGCAAGAAUGUGAACAGCAGAAUACGCGAACUUUUUCGUAUAGAUCCAAUAACAGGAGAAAUUAUUGUUCGCGGACUGAUAGACUUUGAAUUAGAGGAAAGUUAUGAAAUUGAUAUACAAGCGUCUGAUAAGGGAUCUGCUCCUUUGAGGACGGAUAAAAGUGUGUUGGUGAAUAUUGUGGAUUUAAAUGACAACAUCCCUCGUAUAGAGAUUACAUCGUUUUCGAAGGCAAUACCAGAGGAUGCUAGACUGGGAACCACUGUGGCAUUAAUAAGUGUCCAUGAUAAGACUCUGGUCUUAAUGGGAAAGUUAUUUGUUCAUUCGAUAAAGAUGUUCCAUUCACACUAUCACCUUCUACACAUG